AUGGCCUCUAAGUUCGAUAUGAGUGAUCUUGGUAGAUUGACAUACUACCUUGGAAUGGAGGUUCUGCAAUGUGAUGAUGGAAUAAUGUUGAGUCAGAAACGUUACGCACAGAAGAUAGUGGAAGAAGCCGAGAUGCAAAAUUGUAACGCGGUUCACACACCAAUGGAGUCUGGUUUAAAACUGUUAAAGGCAAGAGACGAGAAAGACAUUGACGCUACGAUGUUUAGGAAGAAUGUGGGCUGUCUUCGAUAUCUGCUACAUACUAGACCAGAUUUGAGCUAUUGUGUAGGAGUAUUGAGUCGCUACAUGCAGAAUCCCAAGGAGUCACAUGGAGCUGCCAUGAGACAAUGCCUAAGGUACUUAAAAAGUACAACUACACUUGGGUUAACGUUCGAGAGAUCGAGCUCAAGAGUCCCGAGACUCAUUGGUUACAUUGACAGUAGUCAUAACGUUGACCCAGACGACGGGAAGAGCACAACCGGACACAUAUUUUAUCUCGGAGAGAGUCCCAUUACUUGGUGCUCUCAGAAGCAAGAUACGGAAGACCUUGCGAGAGAGUUGUCAUUCGCAUUGACAAUCAAGUCUGCGAUUGCUCUCACAAGAAACCCAGUGUUUCACGGUCGAAGUAAGCAUAUACACACUCGCUAUCACUUCAUAAGAGAGUGCGUUGAAAAUGGUCAAGUCGAGGUGGAGCACGUUCCCGGAGAGAAGCAAAAGGCGGACAUCCUUACCAAGGCACUUGGAAGAAUCAAGUUCAAAGAGAUGAGAGAUCUCAUUGGCAUGAAGGACUUAGCUGGAAAUGAGUUCAAGCUUAAAGGGGAGAAUGUUGAACUAAGCUUGAAGAAAGCUUAA